AUGUAUACUAGUAUUACUCAUACUCUAAUACCACUCUCCCUUCUGGGUUGUACUCUCGCCGGUGUAAUUCGAAUCCGUGGUGAUGACAGCUCUUCCGACACCGAUAAACAUCACGACGACCACGACAAAGGCAACCAUCACGAUCACCUUCCUCGACAAGGCUCCACCGAGUUCAUAGGUUGUGUCAGCAGAACCUUUUUCAACCUCGUUGCUUACGAUAACGACUUCGAUGGUGACUUAUCCGAUCAAGGCGAUCUAGCUGCAUGCCUUACCCAUUGCGUGGACAAACAAUUUCGAUAUACAUACUGGGAUGGCGACAGAAAGCAAUGCUACUGCUCUCCUACGCAACGACCAGAUGCCGAGCAGAUUAGGGACAAUGACGCUGUCACUGGUCAAUGCAAAGACAGAGACGCUUUAGUCGCUCUCAAUAACGCCAAAUUCAUCUUCGGUGGCUGUUUCAAUCAAUCGUCUGUCGACACCAUCACUUCUGUAGCAAGGUUCAGCACUACCUCCGUCAGAGACUGCUUUACCUUCUGCGACCAACCUUGUCGGCGUCAACCUAUUGAAGUUGUUGGUGCCACUCCCCGGUAUGAUCCUGCUCUUUACGACUUCGCCUACGACUGUCAAUGUUACGGCUUUUCUUCCGCUGACACACCACCGUUAUUCACUCGAGUUUGUGGCAUUGACUCCAUUUUCGGCUAUUCUCGAACCAUUUAUCCCGACAAUGAUGAUCAACGCAAGAGAGUCGAGCGAGGAGAGUAUGACGGUGAAGAUGAUCAUGAUUACCAGUAUGGAUACGGUAAAGGCCAUCACGAGCAAGAUCAAGGAAAUGACUCUGAACACGAUAAAAACAAAGGUGAGGAGGACCACGAGGAGGAUCACAAGGACCAUAAAAACGACGGCGAAUGGCAUGAAGAUGAUUACUCUCCUGAUCACGAAUAUCAAAAUGGCAAAGACGAUGGCUACGAGCAUGAUAAUGGCAAGGGAUACGAGCAUGGCAAACAGGAUAACGAGCAAGAUCAUCACGGUAAAGGCAAUGAUUAUGAGUACAAGGACUCCGACAACGAAGAGAGCGGAGGAACCCACAACAAAGAUGAGGAUCAACACCAUGAAGAGGGCGAUGAAAAAUUCAAAAAUGAGCCUGAAAAGGCAAGUUACCAUAAACAGAUUGGUGAUGGUCAACGCAAGCAAGGUGACGAACCCGACUAUGAUUAUGAUCAUGUGAAGGAGCAUGAACACCACAAAGGCGAUGAUCACAGCCACGGCAAGAAUCGCGACGAUGACCCAGACGAAGCAUGGCACCACAAAGGUGGCAAGUACCAUGACAACAACAACGACCAUUACGAAUACGAUUAUGGAUAUUACCGCAAAGGUAUGUCAAACCCUGCCUCAACCCUCUGUGCCUAUGGCUGA